CGCCAAAUCAAGUGUAGUGAAAUAAAAACUUAUGUUUUCACCAAAAACUAAGGCGCCAAAACCAAUUGAGCUGUAUAUACUGAAAUAAAAAAUUCCAAAUAUUAAUCAAACUCUCUUCUGAAAACACAAACACACCUAGUUUCUACACAUCGCUCCCAUCAUCUGCUCUGCCCUAGUUCUACCAAUUAAUUUCGCAUCUCCUCAGAUUCUUCUCUUGUUCAUCAAAAACCUCUCAAGGGAUUCAUGAUAUCACAUCAACCACCAACAAGCAGUACUAUUUAAGGAUAGAACUAAUGAGGUUCAAUAUGAAACCAUCAAAGACUGAAAAUGAGGUGGGAUCAACUAUGAAGACUACUACCAGAUAAGCAUUCGUUGCGCCAGGUGCUAUAGGUGCUAUAGGAAAGGGACGAGGACGAGGAGGGCUUAGAUCUUUGAUUGAGAAAGAGAAUAUGCCAACUAAUAGUUUAUUUCCUCAAUCUAGUGAUAUAGUUAAGCAAUACAUCCAAGAAAUUGAAACAAGUGCUAUAGGGAAGGGACGAGGACAAGGGCUUAAAAGCUCUACGAGGUCUGCUAGUCAAGGAAUGGGAAUGAUACAUAAAAAUUCCAUGGUUCUUGAGAAAGAGUAUAUGCAAUUUGAUAGUCCAUUGCUUCCAUCUGCUGAUCAAGUUAAGCAAUAUACCAAAAAAGUUGAAAUAAGGAUGGGACGAGGACAAGGUCUUAAAAACUCUACAGUGUCUGCUAGUCAAGGAAUGGGAAUGAUACAUAAAAAUUCCAUGGUUCUUGAGAAAGAGUAUAUGCAAUUUGAUAGUCCAUUGCCUCCAUCCACUGAUCAAGUUAAGCAAUAAACUCAAAAAGUUUAAAUAACGGCCAAGAGGUGGGGCCGUUAAUGUUGGAUAAUACACUUUUUAGAGAAACUAUACAAUCGAAUCACUCCAAAGAACAAGCUAUUCAUAUUGAAUCUAAAGAGGAUUUCAACUCUUGGACGGAUUCAACUUUGUUAAAAGAGAAUUUGUUUCCUGUGAUGGGUAAGCACAAGGAUAGACCAAGGAGGAAAUCAAAUGCCAAUAUUACGAACAAGGAUCACCCCUCCAACAGCAAAUAUUGUUCUGAUGAGCACUCGUUACAAGGCUCACAUAGGACAGAGAUUAUAGAACUGAAUUUUCCCUCUUCAGCAUCGCUUAAACCCAAGAAGAGAAGUUCUGAAUUUUCAGAAACUUCUCGCAGAAGUCGUAGAUUGGUGAAGAAGAACAAUUAUGGGGAUCUUGUGGAUAUUAUUCCGGGUUCAGAUAAACAGAAAUCCCGAAUACCAGCUCAUCAGGAACCUGAAUCUUCAGCUCAAUUUUACAACUUGGAUGUUGAAAUGCCUGAAAUCUCUGUGAACAACAGGCAUGGAUCUUGUUUUAGCUACUAUGAGUCGAAGCCAAGUAGCAUAGACCUAGAUGGUAUUGAGGAAACUGAAGUCAACAGACUUCUUGUUAAUGGUGAUCAGAGUUUACAUGUCGAAGGUGCCUUGUCUAACCUCACUGGAAAUCAACAAGAGCCAUGCCCAGCUGUUGAUGGGGUCCAAAAUGAGAGUGAUAAUAUGUGCAAAUUGUCUACAUCAACCGCAUUAUCCUGUGUCAUAUGUUGGACAGAUUUUAGUUCAUCCAGGGGGGCGCUUCCCUGUGGUCAUCGUUUUUGUUUCUCAUGCAUCCAGACGUGGGCCAAUCAUAUGGCAUCAAGCAGAAAAGUUUCAACAUGCCCUCUGUGCAAGGCUAGUUUUGUUGCCAUUAGAAAGGUUGAUGAUGCAAUUCCUGCUGAUCAGAAGAUAUACACCCAAACUAUUCCGGACCACAACCCAGAAAUGGACAUAUAUAUACUUCCCGUGGGUGAAACACCAAGAUUCCCUUCUAAUGCGAGAAGCAACAGGAAUGCAGCAAAUAGAGCUAAGUUGAAGAUGCCUCAUCAUAUUGGUAGCAAGCCUAUUCGAGAGAUUAUUUAUCAAAAGGGCGGGAAAUAUGGCAAUCCACCAGAUUUGGGGACUGUUUUCUUUGAGACUCGUAAGAAAGAUAACAAGCUUGUUGAACCUGAAGCAAUUGAAAAACAUGUAUGUUUGGUAUACUAAAUAUGUAAAUUACUUGAUAGUAUUAGGAAUAACCUGAAUCUGUACCCUUUUAGGUUUGGAACCAGAAAGAGUUCAAAGUCUCACUUGAUUUGGAAUACUUCUUGAUUUACAAGAGACUUUAGUGGAAGUUAAAAAGAAUUAACACCUACAAUCGAUGGAAUUUUUUUUAGUUGGGAACAUAUAAUAGAUGGUAUUUCCACUGGUAAAUUAUUUUGAGGCUUUGCAAGAAUACCUUGUUGUUGUUGUUGUUGUUGUUGUUGUUGCUGAGUAAUUGCCUUAAGAAUACCUCCUGUUGUUGCUACUACUUGCAAAUUUCUCACCCAUUUAGCCCUUGAUUGCACCAGUUGUAUUAGGAAUAACCUGAAUCUGUACCCUUUUAGGAUGAUUAACAAGCAAGUCAACUUCUAACUCUACUCUAGCACAACUUGGCCUUGUCUUAUUCUUAGUAGCCAUAUCCAACUUCAAAGGCUUCCCUAUUGCUGCUGCCAUAGAAAAGAGCUGAGAUUGGCCAAAAUAAUUAGGUGCUAGGGUUGGAAACGAGAUCCAUGCAAUGGUUAUAGUAGUCUCUUCCUCAUGAUUAAACCAAGGAUCCCACUUCAAUGUACGCAUAGGAUAAUACCAUUGCUGCUCGGUGGCCUAAGAGGCCAUGAAAGGCCGAAAGCCGUCAAGGUUUUUUCUUUAUAUUUCUAACUUUGCCACGGGAAACAACUCCUUAAGUUUAAACACUUCCAUUAAGCUUGUCACAGUUAUUGUUUUAGUUGCGUUUUAAAAUAGACUUUGAUUCUUGGUUAAUGCAUCCCGAAACUUUUCUAAUUAAUUUUUCUUAUACUC